UUCGAACGUUAGAGAAAGUUUGGUUGCAUAUUGGAAGAAGAUACUGCUGACAAAUAGUGACAGAUGAUGACAGAACAGAUGAUAUCAUUGGAUAUGUCACACGUCAAAUACACAGUCAGAGUAGGUUAGGUUUUUAAAAGUAAACUAAUAACAAAUUGUUUGUGAUUCGGAUCGCGUUGUGGCCCAUAAUUGAAGUCCGAUCGAGCCACCUGCGAUGUGGUCCUUUUUUUCGCGCGAUCCUUCCAAGGAUUUUAAUUUCGAGAUAGGUGAGCCUGUGCUUGGGCUGCAGGAGCACAGUGUUUGGACUUUACACAAAGGCAAAAAGAAGGGAACCAAUGAAGAAGUAUCUGUAUUUGUGUUUGAUAUUAAGAGUGGAUCAGAGACUCAGCUGGAUGUUGCAAAAGCAGCAGUGAAGCGAUUGAAAACUCUAAGGCAUCCUAGUGUCUUAACCUAUUUAGAUAGCUUGGAAUCUGAGAAAGUACUGUAUUUGGCUACAGAAUAUGUAGAACCACUGCCUCAACAUAUUGAAAAGUUAAAGUUGGAUGGUCCUCAGAAGGAUCUGUACAUUGCAUGGGGAAUCUUCCAAAUCACUAGAGCUCUAUCAUUUUUAAAUAACGAUGGUAAUUUGAGACAUAAUAAUGUGAAUAUUUGGUCAGUGUUUGUAAACACUUCUGGUGAAUGGAAAUUAGGUGGGGUUGAGUAUGUAGCUACUGCUCAAGACAAUAAUUCCAUAGCUAUUAAAAUCAUCCCCUCACUUGAGAUCUAUGACCCACCAGAGAAAAAUGAUCCAGGCAGGCAAAGGCAAAUAACCAAAUGUUCAACUGACAUGUGGGGUUUAGGUUGCUUGAUAUGGGAAUCAUUCAAUGGGCAUUUGCAUCAACAAUCGUAUCUUAAACUUCUGGAUAAAAUACCUAAACAGUUGAGCCCGUUGUAUUGCGAAUUGGUGGGAGCGAAUCCCACUUCGAGACCUAAUCCCGCUGAUAUUAUAACGCGCUGCCGGAAACUCGGCGGUUAUUUCAAAAACGAUUUGGUCGACACCCUUCUGUUUUUGGAGGAGAUACAGAUCAAGGAUAAGAACGAGAAGAAUCGUUUUUUCUCGAAUCUCACGCCACACUUGGACAACUUCCCGGAUAACGUUUGCAAGCACAAGAUCUUGCCGCAGUUGAUAACCGCGUUCGAGUACGGAGAUGCUGGUUCGGCCGUUCUAGCUCCAAUGUUUAAGCUUGGACGUUUAUUGGACGAAGCCGAAUAUCAGAAGAAGAUCGUACCGUGCGUCGUGAAACUGUUCAGCAGCAACGAUAGGGCAACCAGAUCCAGACUACUGCAGCAAUUGGAGUAUUUCAUCGGUCAUCUUCAGGCGGGAACUGUGAAUGAUCAGAUAUUUCCACAAGUUGCUCACGGAUUCAUGGAUACGAAUCCGACAAUCCGCGAGCAGACUGUCAAAUCUGUGAUACAUUUAGCACCAAAAUUAAACUACAACAAUUUGAACGUGGAAGUGUUGAGGCAUUUUGCUCGACUACAGGCCAAAGACGAGCAAGGCGGCAUCCGUACGAACACCACCGUCUGCCUGGGCAAGAUAGCUCAACAUUUGCACCCACAAAUUAGACAGAAAGUCCUGAUAUCUGCUUUCAUUAGGGCGAUGCGCGAUCCAUUCCCGCCCGCAAGAAACGCCGGGAUUUUAGCACUUGCCGCCACCCAGCAAUACUAUUUGCUUGCAGAAGUAUCCGCUCGGAUAUUACCAGCCUUGUGCCAGCUCACGAUGGAUCCGGAGAAGUCCGUUAGGGAUUCGGUGUUCAGGACCAUCAAAGGGUUCUUAGGAAAACUGGAGAAGGUGUCCGAGGAUCCAAGUCUGAGGGAGAGUAUGGAAGCUGAUGUGAACACGGCCACGCCCAGUCUCAGCAAUGCUGCGGCAACAUGGGCCGGAUGGGCGGUAACCGCUGUCACUGCCAAAUUCUACAGGAGCCAAUCGGACACCGUGAAAUCGAUUAAUCCCAUGUCGAGUCGCAUGCUCAGCAAACCAGCUUCCUUGGAGCAGCCCUCCAGCAGCAGCAUUUCUACCACCACUUCCAGCGUAACAUCGAUGACAUCACUUGAACACGAAGACGCCAGUCGCGGGAACGAUUCUGUUUCUGAUUACGAUUACGACAAUUGGGGCGAAAACGAAAAUUGGGGAGAUAUCGAGACUGGUGGGCAGAUGGCCAGUAGCAGCGGAAGCGGCGGCGGCGAACAAACCAGUAAUCCAACAUCGCCGCCCUCCGGUUCUGCCACAAAUAAAGUUACAGAUGGUUGGGAUAAUGAAGAAUGGGGAAGUUUGGAAGAGGAACCCGAAGCUGAGGCUGAAAUGACUUCUCCGUCGGAACCGUGGAGCCCGAGCGAUAACACUGUAGACACAUCACACGCCUGGAGCUCGGAUGGUGUUAGUAAUAGGAAUAAGGCUCAAGCGGGAUGGGAGGAUACCGAGUUCGAACCGUUGGACGAACCCUCGUCCACGAACUCUAAACUGGAAGAAGCGAAGAAAAAGCGUGAGGAGAGGAAGCUGAUGAGACAGAAAGAGUUGGAGGCUAGAAGGGCUACCAGACAAACCGGUGGCCCGAUGAAGCUGGGCUCCAAGAAGAUUUAGAGAAGGGAAACGAUUUGCUUUGACUACGCCACAUAUCUUUUCUCUAUACUAUAAUAACAAACAAAAAAAAUCGAUGAUAGGAAUAACGGAAAGAGAACUGUGAAGCUUUCGGAAUAACUUUUACUUCUGAAGCUUGUUUUUUUCUAUUUAACAAAAACAAAACAAAAAUUAUAUGAAGAAGAUUGAGAAUGAAAUACCAAACAAAAUCAUUUUCUAAACGAUUGAUGGCUUUCACGAUUUCAGAUUUUCCAUCGGAGGUUAAAGUUUUAAUGAGAUAAAACCCCAGUCCUUUUUUAUAUCUAAUUAAUUAUUACUACCUGCAUGACUAUAUAUGUAAAUAAAUUGUAUUAUAUUUAUUAAUCUUAUACUUUUUUCCAACGAUAUUGUCGAGUCAAAGAAAGAAACAUAAGAUAUACAUAUUGUCGAAUCUUUACUUU